AUGCAACAAGAUACAAACGCGAAGCUGCUGUGGAUCAACGGACCGCCAGGAUUCGGGAAAACGAUCCUCUGCGCCCGCAUCGUCGAGCACCUGUAUUCUGCACUCCAAAGGCCCGUCGCUCACUACUUCUUCUCCUCUGACCUCGAGACCCGUGAUGAUCCUUUCUCGAUCAUACGAGCAUGGGUCUCUCAGAUUGUGUCUCAUCACGAUGAAGCUUUCGAAUACGUCCGUCAAAGGUGGGAAGCAGACUCCGAUUCCGUUGUCGCGCGCCCCACUACCCUGGCGACCUUCAAGCGGCUCCUCCACAUUGUUCCUGGCUGCCUCUGCGUAGCUGAUGGACUGGAUGAGUGUACCUCCUUGGACAUAGGAAAUACCUCGCUUACGGCGUUCUUUCGGUCUGUUGCGGAUGCCAUGUCGGGAACAAACACUAGCGUCCUUCUGGCAAGCCGCAACGAACAGAGGAUCCGAUCUACUGUGACAGACAACGACUUCUACAGCUUCACUGAGUAUAAGAUAUGCCCAUUUCUGGCGGCCCACGAUAGCGGCGUCCGGCCCUCCUUAUCCGCUGCCUCGGUAUAG